AACAGAGGAGUCUUUUUGGGGAGGCAGUGAGGGGAAUGAUCUGGGCUUGAUCCCGUGGGUGGGAUCCGCCAGAUCGGACUCCGAUCUGUUACCCAGAAAGUUCCGCCGUGUUUGUUUCUUUUGUCUUCCUGUUUCCGUGACAUGCUUUUGUGAUGUUUAGGGGUGCUAGGUGCGAAGGAACCCAGUGCAUGGGUUCUUUGGGUCCCAGGCGUGGGUUCCUGGUUGUCAUCUUCGGCAAUAAAAAUAAUCCUCGAGAGAAUAAUCCCAUCAGAGGUGGAAGCUGCGGUGGGGUUGUGGGAAGGGGAGCGAGGGGGGAGGAGCGACAGUAGAUGUAGAAGGCAUGGCUAUCUUGCCCUAUUAACGAUGGGUGAGGAGGAAGGGGUUUGGUUGGCUUCGGGAGGAAUUGGGAAUUGUUUUGUCAAUGGUGGCUAAGGGGUGGCUGGCGAUGGUGACAGCUUUUUUUUGACAAGGGCUUGCGUUUCUCAGUGGGAUUGCUUGAAUUGGAUUUUUCAGUGAUUGGAUGGAACCUAGUACGCCUAGGUUCCUUCGAACCAGUGACAAAAAAUUAAAAAAAAUUCUUUUUU